CUAUCUUUACUGACAAUGUGAGAUGUAACCAGGUAGAGAAAUUAAAAACGCCCAGUAUUUUAUCAUUAAUUUUAUAAUGAUGUAGAUCUGUAUUCAAGUGAAUUGCGAAUAUACUUUUGUAGUUGUUCAUUCAACAUUUUAUAUUUUUGCAAUCUGUUCAAAAGCUGCACAUCAUCUUUUAAAUGUCUCAGGCUUCUGAUUUCGCUUCGGCUUUACGAUUUCUUUUAUCGUCAUUGGAAAGACAGACAUCCAAGGUGCCUAUCGGACUUUUAAUUCGAUAUUGGGAAUGGAUGACUGAGACCAAGUUUCCCGGUAAAGAGGGAGGAUUGGGUGAAGUGUACAAUGUUUUGAAAGGUGUCGACGGGAUAACGAUAUACGAUCAUUUCUUUGUAACUACACGAAGUGAAAAUGAUGGUACUUCUACGGAUGACAUUGAUAUAAGAAUGCUAAGACUGAGUAUCAAUCAAAUGGAAUAUUUUGGUAAAUAUCGUUAAAUAAAAAAUUCAAGUACAUUUGCUUUUUUUGUGUGACAAAUCAACGGAUUUGCAAAUUGUAUUUCACAAAUGAAGUUUAUGUGGCCAUGAUGAAUUAAAUCGAAUUCAUUUUGAGUAAUAGCAUUCAAUUUUUUUUAUACCGCUAAAUGUUAUUUUGAAUUUUACUAUCCAGACAAUACUUAAACCACUUCAAUUUAAGAUUUUGUAGAUUUACUCAGACAACCUUCUAGAUUACAUGUAAUAUUAAAUACAAUCAAUUACAAAAAAGUUCCUAUUGCCAAUAAAAGCCAAUUAUCUGCGUUAA